AUGGCGACGCCAGGUGCGGCUGGGGUUGGCGCUGGUACUACUCCUGCGGGUAGGACGGUGAGGCGUAAGCCCGCGCCGAGCAGCACACCCGUACGUGAGAGUGAAGAGAAGAAAGAAGACGAGGUCAAGGAAGAGGAGGAAGUGGUUGAGUCCGCGCCGAAGGAGACUACUGCGUCUGCCCAGAAGUCGUCGGCGAAGAAGCGCUCGAUCAGGAAGAAGCCGGUUGUUCUCGACAGUGAGGUCGACGAGCUAUCUUCCGAAGACGACUUCGAGCCAGACGAUCACUCACCCACACCCAGCAAGAAGCGCAAGACCGAACUCACCUUCGCCGAGAGCGCCCUCGCUACCGCUACUCGGACACCGCCUGCCACACGCGCGACUCGACGAUCCACCACCGCUCCAACCUACCAAGAUCCACCAUCCCCGCACUCAGACCCCGUCGACGGCAGUGUGCGCAGUGGCGGUAGGUCAAACGGCUACCUAGGCGGCGAGUACAAGGGCGAUCCAGACCUCUACGACGCUGCCAUCGCACCAUACGACGAGCCGUUGUUGAGUCGCCAGAACCCCGUCCUGUCGAACCCUGCCUCGAGGAUCCCCGAUAUCAUCAAGCGAGGUGGUGUACCGAGGCCACAAGGCGAGACGUACAAGUACAUCCAGAAGCAUCUGCGUGAGAAAAUGGGAUUAGAGCAGGCAGACGAGACAGCUGGAGAAGAGACUGUGGCGUCCUUGGCUGAGCAGAGCGUAAGUAAUGAGUAUAGAGCUGUGAUUGACACUGAGAAAGCUGACCCAUCGAAAAAGACCGACGAACAGCACGCUAACGAAUGCACCGUCGGCGCUUUCGUAGAGCAAAUGGCAACAAAGUACCUCAACGCCGACACCAUGGACGGAGACGACAACAAAGCUCUCUUCAACGCCAUGGAGAGCGCCGCGUUGGUCUGGGGCAAGAAGACGUUCAAGAAGCUUGACCCGGAGAAGCAGCAAGUGGUACAACCAGGCUUGAAACUGCGUCUUGACUUCAUCGAUGCGGAGUUUCGGGAGGAGUUGGCCAAGUUGAUGGAUGAGCGCGCUGGCAGUAUGCUGGCGGAGUUGGGUGUGGGUGAUGAGAAGCCUGCGGCUGGUCCUCCGGACCUGUUGUUCAAGGCUGUUUAG